AUGGAAAAAGCUAUUGAAAAGACAAUACGACUUGUGGUUUUCUUAACUAUGAUCUAUAUACGAGGAGAAUUCCGUGAGAUUAUUUGUUUUAUACUUGGUUUUUUUGCUGGUAUUAUAAUUAUGCUUACUAAUAUGGAUAAAACAAUUAUUAAUAAAAAUUAUGAUUAUAUAGGAAAAAGAUUUAUUAGAGAUAUAUCAAAAAAAGAUUAUAAUAUUAGUGAGACUGUAUGGCCAACCACAUUAAUAGAUAAAAAAAAUAAAAAUAUUAUUAAAAAUAAUAAAGAAUUUUAUGAAAAUUUUAAAAAUUAUACAGAAAAGAAAAAAUAUCUAGAUUUAAUGAAUAAUAAUUAUACUGAUGAAAGUAUUAUUAGUAAUGUUGUUUAUGAGAAUGUACGUGUAUUAUGUUGGAUAAUGACACAUCCAAAUAAUACAUAUAAAAAGGCAAUCCAUAUUAAUGAGACAUGGGGAAAAAAAUGUACAAAACUUUUAUUUAUAAAUGCAGAUUUAAAAAGUAAUCUUCCAAGUGUUGAUCUUAAUGUUACCGAUGGCCGUAAAUUUUUAUGGCAAAAAACAAAAAAGGCACUUGCUUAUUUAUAUAAAACAGAACUUAAUAAUUAUGAUUGGUUUUUGAAGGCGGAUGAUGAUACUUAUGUAAUAAUGGAAAAUUUACGUUUUAUGUUAUUAGCAUACCCCUCCACAAUUCCUGUUUAUUUUGGUUGUAAAUUUAAAAAAUUUGUUAAUCAAGGGUAUAUGUCUGGUGGAGCAGGAUAUGUUUUAUCGAGAAAAGCUUUAAAAGAUUUUAAUGAAAUUGCUUUAGUUGAUCCAAAAAAAUGUAAACAAAAUGAUAUGGGUGCUGAGGAUGUUGAGUUAGGGAAAUGUCUUCAGAAUGCUGGAGUUAUUGCUGGUGAUUCAAGAGAUAAAGAUGGUAGACAUAGAAUGUUUCCCCUAAGUCCCUUAUAUCAUUUUCAUAGAAAUAAUAUUACAAAAAAAUCAUUACUACCAAAAUGGUUUUAUCAAUAUAUGUAUUAUCCAUAUAAUGAUACAAAAGAAUGUUGUAGCGACUCUAUGAUAUCAUUUCAUUAUGUAACACCUCAAUUAAUGUAUACAAUUCACAAUCUUCUCUAUAAUAUUCAACCAUUUGGAUUAAAAAGAAAUAAAGAAUUAACUAAUUUAAAAGAUAAUGAAAAUCCAUUGGAAUUUGCUAAAAAGUUAUCUAGAUUAAAUGCGCAUAAGUUAACGCCUCCAAAAGAUAUGCAACUUUUUUCAACAAAAUCACCAAAUACCAAAAAACGUGAAAAGUCGAAACAUGAAAAUCAUAGAAAUGCAACAGAAAAAUCUUUGACAACAAAAAAAAUGUCAUCAACAAGUAAAAGGGAUAUUGUAUUGAUAACUUCUACAAAACAUCCAUAG